UAUAGAAGCUGCUAACGUCUCCUUCACUCCCGUCCAACCCCUCGCGCCAAUUUCUCAUUCCAGCCUAAGAUUGGCUGAGAGAGAGAAAAAGAGAGAGACACCGAGAGAAACUUAGGCAGACAGAGGUAGAGCGAGGUAGAUUCACAAUACGGGAAAGGGAGAGAGGGAGGGAGACCGACAGACAGACAGACAGACAGACAGACAGAGAGAGAGAGAAAGAGAGAGAGAGAGAGAGAGAGAGAGAGAGAGAGAGAGAGAGAGAGAGAGAGAGAGAGACGAAGGUAGAGAGAGCUAGACGCAGGCGGGAAGAGAGAGAGACAGGGGGUGGUGGAGCGACAUAGACGCUCACAAGGAGAGAGAGUGGAGGAUGGCUCGUAGGAUUUAGCCUCAGCAGCAGCAGCGUCUUUUCCCGUCCAACACAAGCUUAUUACCUUUCUAUCCACGCGCUGGAAAACGGAUUUACGCACACGGAUCGAGUUUUCACUUGGCGGUGAGGAAAACGCACAAAAUGACUGCCAGCAUCAAAGCGACGCACAUUACGGGCUACCAUUACAGCUGAGUUAGGAGGACUAGUAGGAUGCUGAGUGUCUCUCCUCCUUGUUGUUGUUCUCCAUUCUGCACUCCAUGACCUGAGAGUCCGACCGCAGCGGGAGGAACAAAACACCAGAGAGGAAGAGAGAGGAAGAGAGAGGAAGAGGAGGGCAGAAGGCCAGGGAAGAGAGAGGAAGGAGUGUUUUCUUCUGUUAUUGUUUUUUUUUAAUUUUUCCGUUUCUGUGAUGGCGGCAACAGAUGCCAGCAUGGCACCGGUGGUCCAGGAAGAUGGGAAAGCCGCGGACACCAAGGUGACAGAGGGGGAGCAGCCAGCAAAAAGCUCCAACUCCAAUUCAGAGACUGUCAACAACGAGGCAGUUGAUAAAGACGGCACGGCUGUCAACAGUGAGGUCAUUGAUAACAAAGAGACUGUGAAUAAUGAUACAGCGGCAGGAGUGGAGGAGGGAGGCGGUGGAGGAGGAGGUGGAGGGGGAGGAGCAGCAAGUGAGGAGGCUGUGCCCACUCAGAGCUCGGAAAAUGCCUCCUCCGCCGAGUCCAAGACUUCCUUCCUGGACUCCUUCCUCAACAAGAGUGGGCUGGGGAAGGUAAUGGGAGGCAGGAAGAAAAAGGAGCAGAGUACAGCCGGAGGAGAUGAGAAUGCCACCGAGGGAGGGGAGAAGGAGGCUGAGAAAGGAGGGGAGGAGGCUGAGGGAGGAGAGGAGGGAGAUGCAGGAGAGGGUGAGGCGGCAAUAGAGAAAACCCCAGAGAAUGGAGAGAAGGAGGAGGAUAAGAAGGUGGAGAAGGGCAAACAGGUGGAGGCCAAGUCGACGGUCCGUGACCUGAUCAGGAAGCCGGUGGCGAGGAUCUUCUCCCACCGCAGCACUGACAAGAAGGACGGGACUGGCACAGCCGAGCCCCAGAAACCAGUCAAGGUCCGCUCCAAGUCUCUGGACCGGCUGGAGGAUCCGGAGGCCCUGAACGCUGCAGACUCCACCAUCGAGGAGGGAGGAGAAGAAGGAGGAGGAAUGGAAGAGGAGGAGCACAAAGCCUCAUCCACCUCGGCCACCACCAAGCACAUGAAACGAUGGCAUUCGUUCAAGAAGCUGAUGGCCCAGAAGACGCACAGGAAGAGUUGCAGCGGAGGAGAAGAAGGGAAAGAGGAGGGGGCAGAGGGUGUGGAAGGAGGUGGUGGAGACUCUUCCACACUGGACUCAAAGGAGUCCGGGCAGAAGCGAUGGAAGCUGAAGCGCUCCUGGACCUUCCAGGGCCUGAAGAGAGAUCCAUCCAUGGUUGGCUUUAGCAGCAAGGUCAAGAGCUCCGACAAAGGCUCGUCCGACAACCUGAAGCCAGAGGAGGCAGGAGCAGCAGGCGGAGUGGAGGGAGGGGAAGAGGCUAAAGUGGAGGGAGGAGCAGAGGAGGCCAAGACAGAGGGAGGAGAGGAGAAGGAGAAGACGGAGCAGGGAAGCGAGGAGGAGAAGGGAGCGGUGGGCGGCGGGACAGUGACGCAGCACGCCAACGAGAUCUGGACCUCAUUCAAGAAGCGCGUCAUUCCCAAGUCCAAACGCUCCAACACGGAGUGUCCCGCCACUGGGGAGGAGGACACCACCACUACUGCCACAGGCGAGGAGGGAGCGGUGGAGGAGGGUAAAGAUGCAAAAGACGGCAAGUCAGCCAAAGCCAAACGCUCCCACUUUGGCCGCGCCGUUUCCCUGAAGAACUUCAUCCUGCGUAAGGGCAAGUCCACCAGCGUGGACCUGGGUGAGGGCACCAAGGAGGCAGAAGAGGAGGAGGAGGAGGAUGGAGGAGUGGCAGCAGAGGGAGGAGGCGUAGACGGUGAAGUCGCCGCUAUGAGUGAGGAGGCCAACGACAAAAUGGCGGCAGGUGGGGAGACGCCGGCAGUGGCCAAGGAGAGCGGAGGAGAGGCGGCCAAAGAGGCAGAGAAGACACAGGCAGAGGUUCCGGUGACCAACGGGGAGAACAGUUGCUCCAACGGCACAGCAGAGGAGACCACCACACACAAUCACCAGGAGGAGCAGGAGGAGAAGAUGAGAGGUUGCAGCCCCACCAAGAAGAGCAAGGAGGCUGCAGGAGGCAAGGAGGAGGCCAACACCAAGAUCAUCAAUGCCACGGCGGCCGUGAACAGCGACAAAAAGGCGGGAAACGUGUGACGCCAUACAAAGAGGAUUAGAACUGCCCGGGAUUCGCUGAGCAAGGAGCUCUGAGCCCCACCCCCUACCUCUGCCUCCUCCUUCCCCCUUAGCCCCCACACCCCCCACCUCCCUCCUCGUCCUCCCUGCUCUCAAAUAAAAGGAGUAAUCACGUAUUAAUGCCACAAUUCACCAUGGUGAGAGAGAUGCAAUCCAUGUAGACAAGAGGAAGACAAAAAAACAAGUGAAAAAUAAUAAUUACUCCAAAAGCAAUAAUUCAAGUCCCCCCCACCCCACCCCCCACCCACCCACACACACACACACACACACACACACACACACACACACACACAAACACACACACACACACCACCCUGGCACAUGUUGUGCAUUCAUCCGUACAUCAUCCCCGCCUCCCUCGAUCAUCCCCUCCUCUGUUCCAUUCAUACAUGUAUAUCCAAUUGUUUUUAUUUUACUUUAUUGUUAUUAUUAUUAUUAUUAUUAUUAUUUUUGCUUGUCUUUGUGAGAUUUUAUAUUGUCUACGAGAGAAAAAAAAUUGCAGAAAUGUAAAAAAUGGAAAAACAUUCCACAUUUCCUCCCCCUGCCCCUCUCUCUUUGUCAAGCAUUACUCUACUUACUCUGCUCUCUGUCUCUACUGAUUUCUGAUUGGUGGGUUUAAAGAACAAAAAAAAAAAAAAAAGAAAGAAAAAAGAAAAGACUGUUAGUUUUAUAUUGACAGCCAUUUUGGUUUGUAGUCCCCCCAUAUUUCUUCCCAGUAGAUAUCUGAAGUACACAGGACAUGUUGCUCAGUAUAUAAACUGCCCUGAGGACUGCCCAGCUCCCAGCCACAAUGCAAUGUCUUCAGCUCUGUGUGUUCAAUGUUUCUAGACUGUUAUAUUGUGUACAUGAACAAAACAAAAAAAAAAAACAUAAAAUAUUGAAAUCAAAAUGUUUUCGCUUUGAUUUGAAUUUCCUUUUUUUUCCUUAUUAUUUUUUUAAACACAUCUCAGUGUAUCGCAGUCUGACAAUAUGCUGUAAUUAAAAACAAAAAAACGAAACACACAAAAAACAAUGUUUUGUUGGUCAAAGUUUCCAUAUGUUCGCUAGCAAAUUGUCAAAAAGAUAGUACAAUAAAGACUAAAAUCUAACAACUAAA